AGCUGAGCUUAUACAGAGCUGGCCUUUGAUUUUCCCUGCCAAGUACUAAUGUCACCUCUUACUUUCAACUGUGUCCUGCUGCUGCUGCUACUACUACUUAUAAGGUCUUUGGAAGAAAAAUUUGAAGUGGAGGUCGGUAAGAAUGCAUAUCUGCCCUGCAGCUACAUUCUACCUAGCUCUAGGACACCUGUACCUGUGUGCUGGGGCAAGGGACCUUGUCCUUGGUCACAGUGUGCCAAUUGGGUGCUCCGCACUGAUGAAAGAAAGGUGACACAUCAGAAAUCCAGCAGGUACCAGCUAAAGGGGAAUUUCUACAAAGGAGAUGUGUCCCUGACCAUAGAGAAUGUGACUGUAGAUGACCAUGGGACCUACUGCUGCAGGGUACAAUUCCCUGGUCCAGGGAAUGAUCAAAAAUUAAACCUGGAACUAGUCAUCACACCAGCCAAAUUCACCCUGCCUACAACUGCUCAUGGAGACCCUGCUACAACUUCUCCAAGAACCCUAACCACCAAGAGAGAUGGCUUCCGAUGGAGACAUGAGCACAGGGAGACACAGACUCUGGGGACCCUCCAUGAUGGAACCCCAACACAAAUUUCCACAUGGUCUGAUGAAAUGAAGGACUCCAGAGAAACCAUCAGAACCGCUGUCUACAUCGGAGUCGGAGUCUCUGCCGGGCUGGCCCUGGCACUUAUCUUUGGUGUUUUAAUUCUUAAAUGGAAUUCUUAUAAGAAAAAGAAGUUACAGACUUCAAGCCUCAUCACACUGGCCAACCUCCCUCCUGUGGGGAUAGCGAAUGAAGGAGCAGGCAGAAAUCGAUCAGAGGAAAACGUCUAUACCAUCGAGGAGAACAUAUAUGAAACAGAGAAUUCCAAUGAGUACUACUGCUACGUCAGCGGUGGGCAGCCGUCUGUCAGCGGUGGGCAGCCGUCCUGACCAUGUCUGGACUGUCACUGCUUAAGGCUCUCCUUCAUUUUUGACUUUGGUAGCUUCCUUUUUGAACACUAUGUCACCCGAAAAGUUUUGGAGGUUCUGUCCACGGCCACUGAGAAAAAGUGUUCCUGUUUUCUAGGGAUAAUUAGCUCACUAUGCUAUGUUGAAAUGCAUCAUAACCUCCAAGUUUCAGGGAAAGGAUCUCCCAGCCCAGAGACAUGGAUGUUGAAGCUCAGGUGUGCCUUGAUACAUUAGGCAUGCUUAGUCUGAGAUCUCUGGAGCACCUGGACAUUUAGGAUUGUGGUGUGUCCACAAAAGGGGGAUAUUAGGCUAAGAUAGAUAGGUACAGGUCUUUGUUAAUGCAGGCAAUCUAAACUGCCCACUGUUUUUUCUAGAGAUUUCUGACCUUGAAAGACUAAGAAAGAAUCAGGUGGCACAUGCCUAUAAUUACAUAACUUGGGAGGCUGAUGAAGGAAG